UGCUCCAGUAUUUAGAAGGGAGAAAAAGUGACAGUAAGAAUUCAAUUAUUGUUAUAUUUUUUAUCGACGAUUAAAGACGGGCAGUCAAGAUGUCAUCCUCUCCGCAGCUAUCGACAAGUGUCAAUGCCGAGAAAUUAGUUAAUGACUUAAAAGAGUGCAUCGAUGAAUUGUCCUCAGAUUUUACAAAUUCUGCACUUCCAAUCGAUGACGACAGCCAAAUCUGCCAGCGGCUUUGUGUCAAACUCGAGCAAUUUUUUUUACUUGGUUUGAAUGAAAAAAGUAGCCUUUUUGGCCGCAAGAAGUUCUCGUACUGGGAUUUCUUCAAAGCCAGUUUAACCCUCACCAAAGGUGGAGUAGACUCUGCACUUAGAUUUGCAAAUUACAACCCUGAGGUUCGAACGAGUGUUGGCAAAGGCAGAGCUUUCCUCAGAUAUUGCCUGGUCCACGGUUGUUUGGCAGACGCGAUCCAACAAAGUCUGAUGACAGCACAAAUUCUUGCUACAUGGUACUCAGAGUCUGCGCCAAUGAGAAACGACGUUCUGGCACAGGAGCUGGUGUCGGCCACCUACGCUCUGUGCGAUGUCAACUUUGACCUGGCUCCAGGUGGGCACGACCUUGACGGAGAGUGGCCUACUUGUAGGCGUCACUUUGGCUCCCCAUCCCGAAGCUGGAAACCUCUGAGCCGCAGCACUAGUUUCGCCAGUCUCGCAUCGAGCAGCUUUUCUCUUGAUCCAGGAAGUCCACCCCCAGUAGGAAGCAUGGGGGCCAUGGGAAGCUUACCCGAGGGUUCGCAGCAGGAGAUAAGGAGCACAGCUAACACAUUAGAAACAAGUCGAACAGAAGAUGAUAGUAACGCAAGGCAGUUUUUACCCACGGAUCAAGUCAAGCAGUUUAUGGAGGAACAUAGGGAAGAAGUCAAGAGCUUAAUCGAAAAGUAUGAGACUGAAAUCAAACAACUGUCAGACAACAACUUCCAGCUGCAGCAAGAAGUGUCACAGUUGCGACUGGAGAAGGAUUGUGUUGUCUCUGACAGUGAUAGUAGUGGUCAAGAAAUCGAAAAUCUCAAGUCACAAGUGUUAGAGCUUAAUAAUUUGAACGAUAAAUUAGUUUUCUACGAAGGAGAGUGUCAAAGGCUCCAAUCAAAGCUUCAGGAAAAUGAAAAGGCCACCCGAGCAACUAUCAAAUCACAAAAUGAAGCAGCAGCUAAUCAAGACACUGAAAUGCACGAGCUGAAAAUGAAACUUCUGGAAACACAAUCGGAAAACAAUACACUGAAGACUCAUCUGAGCAGCAUGGAGGUGGAGUGCAGCAAAAUGACGACGCAACUGCAAGAGUUUGAAGAAAUCAAGGCUUCUUUAGAAUCAACCGAGUCGCGAAGCAGAAAAUACAGAGAACAGCUGGAAGAAACUGGAGAUCUGAGGAAAAAGCUGGCAGAAGUUAGAGAAGAUUAUGAAAGAGUUGUUGAAAAAUUAAGGACUGAAGAAACCCGGUGGGCUGCGGAAAUGGAGCAGAAAGUGCAGCAGGCCAAGUGGGAGAUGGGAAGUUUGCAAAAGUGUGUCGACAACCUCCUCAAGGAAAACGGCCAGCUGCGCGAUGACCUCACAAAGGCUAGCACUACUAUGACAGAGUCACGUGACAAGUACUCGACAAAUGAGCUCUAUGUUCAAAAGCUCACUGAGCAAGUAACAGCUCUGAAAGACGUCGUCUCCAUCGGCAAGCAAAUGUUGGGUAUGCGGGACACCGAAGUCGCUCAGCUGCAGAAAAAAGUGCAGACUCUGGAAGACCUGCUGGAAGCGGAACGUGAGAAGAACACGGUUUUCAGUGAAGCGUUCAGGCCCGAGUCGAUUGGAGACAUCAAUUUGCGGAAGGAAUACGAGAAUCAGCUGGAUAACAUCAAAUCCCUGAAGACCAUUUACGCGCAGAGAAUCGAAAUCAUCACUCUGGAGAAUGAAGCCCUGAAGGAAGCCGGCACAGACCGAGACAGGCAGAUUGAGCUGAUGGGCAAGCGCUACAAAGUUCUUGAGGAACAGUACGAGCGGAUGAAGGUUGCGUUCGACGAAAAGGUGAGUCUAGUCGCAGACCUGCAAAGCAAAAUCGCAUCGUCCGCUGAAGAGUGCAAGGCGCUGACCAGUCAGCUCACCAUGAUCAGUAACCUGUUUGCGGAGCUUGGAAAAUCCGAGGUGGAUGCUGAAAAACUGAAGACCCUGCAAGAAGCCGUCGUCGAGGAUCCUGACAACAGCUCAAACUUUUCCAAGGUGUGGGGUGCUCUCUCUGAAGUGCUGGAGAACAACCCUGAGGACACGCAACCACCGGUGGGCGGAUCAGAAAGCUGCUACAAGAGCGUCAACACUCCUCACGGCCCACAAAACGUCAUCAGCGUUAGUCAAACCUUUCUGCGGCUGAAAGACCUGAUUCUGGAAAAGAAAUCGCUGGAGCGUGAGCUAGGCCAGUUGAGAAACCUGAAUGGCCACUUGGAGACGAAGCUGCACCAGCAGGAAAGACGCCUUUCGCUCGUCUUGCAGGAGCUAAAAAAGACCUGGGGAGUGGUGAACAAGAUGCGCACUCAGCACUCUCAGCUGCGAUCUUCUGAGGCUAUUCUCAGGUACGACCUGCAGCAGAAGAGGAAAAUCGUCAACGAACUCAAGGAAGAGCUGCAACACUGCAAUGAUAUCUGGAAAAAGGCGAGGAACAAGACCAAGGAAUCCGAGGAAACCUGGAAGGAGUUGAAAAAUGAGUUCGUCUCUCGGCGCAGAGGCAGGCCCUUGGUGACCGACGACUCCACUGAACUGAACUCUGCGGAGAGCGGCUUUUCUGAUGACAGGGGAGACGACAGUGCGUCCACCUCUGAAGGGGAAGACACCAGCGCCGAAAUUACUGGAAGCGAGAGAUCAUCAGAAUCAGCGGUCACCCCUGAUGAAACCUCGCGGCCAGGCAGUUCCAAUUUUACCGAAUCCACUAUCAGUGAUGAGAAUGAGAAUGCAUCCAGCGUAAAAUCUUAUGGAACGUUCACACCACGUGCCGCUUCUGAGGCUGCCCAAACCCAAGAGGAGCAGGAAAACCUGUUGAAUGAGCAGGCGGAGGCUCCAAAAAAUGACAUCGAGGAGAGACUCAUCGCCAGAGACGCCCGGUUGACUCGAAUGGAGGAGCAGGCCAGCCAGCUCUUCAGAGAUGUUGUAAGGACGUCCAACAUGAGUGUUGCGAUUUCUAACCGCCUGGAAGAAUUGCAUGAGCAAUACGGACAAGACACUGAAGAGGCUGCUGAGGCGCGCCGGCUGCACAGAAAGGAAAAAAGGGAAGCAGCGAAAUCUGAGUCCGUGAAAGUAGAUGGAAGUUUGGAAGAUUUUACCCAAUUUGAAGAUUCUAAGGAAGCUAUCGAAGAAAGGAGACUGCAAAGAAAAGCCAAGAGAGAAGCAAGGCUUGCAGCCAAAAAUGAAGAGUCAACAGGAGAGGCGCUUUCUUCUUCUCCCGAAAGCGAGAAAAGCAACUUAAAAAUGAAAGUCAGCCCCCCUAGAUCUGAAGGCCAGAGCCCAAAGGCCACCACAGAAAAGGAUGAGGUAGCUGAGAGACUAGUUGCUGAGAUAUCUGCCAAAGAAGCCAAAGAAGUGGAGCUUACUCAGUUGAGAGAGGAUUUUGCAGCACAGAGUGAAACGAUUGCACAGUUAAAGAAAGACCUGAAAAGAAUGAGCAAGAGUCUAGAAGAUGAAGUAGCUGGACGGGACGAUUUGAAAGAUACCCUUGCUGUGACGUCAAAAGAAUGCGUUGAUUUGAUUCAACAAGUUCAAGAGCUUAGCGAGACAGAAAAUAAUUUGAGAGCAGAGCUUUUGGCGAAAGAAAAUAGUGUUGGUAAGCAAGCUGUUGAAAUCGACCAGUUGAAAAUGGACCUGAAGAACUUGCAGGAACACGUGGUGAAUUUAGUCAGCCAAAAAGAGAAGCUGUUCAAGGAGUGCUACAAUCUGAAACAGGCGCACAGAGAAAGGGUUUGGCAGCAUGACAGUCAAGUGCAGCACUGUUCCUCUUGCCGUGUUCAGUUUUCACUUCUUGUCAGAAAACAUCACUGCAGACACUGCGGACAAAUCUUCUGUGGCGCCUGUUCUAGUCAUUGGUUACCCGUCAACAAAGGAUCUAGCCGCAGAACCCGUUCUUGCUCUGAAUGCCAUUCUAAAUGUCAAGAGACCUCUGAUACUACGGAGUCUGGAGAAUGUGCUUCAACCAAUCCUGAUAACCCAACAGCCUCUGAUGUACGGCAAGAUAGUGAUGACGACGAUGAAGAUUUUUCUGUCAUCAGCGAGGAUGACGUCAAUCUGUCCCAGUGUGUCCCUUACACUCCUAACCCAGAAAUUUUGCAGUACUGGCAAUCAUGCGAAGUACAAUCUGGUAUGACAAAACGGGUAGCUGAAAUGUUGGGACACAACUCAAGCUCAGAGGUCUGGGUUCGCGCUGGAGUAAUAUACAGUGUGCCCAUCUUGGUCAACGCUGAGGAUUUAACGCCACAAGUGAAUAUAACUUGGCAGUUCUCCACAGAGCCCAACUGCAUUGCCUUUUCCAUCCUUUACAAACCAGACGCUGACGUGCCUCCUGAAAAUUCCUCGAUUUUGGUACCUACCACCCGAGUGAACUCGCACUUGCACCCCAUUCGCGGCAAACUGAAGGCUAGAAAGGAGGGUCUCUACACACUUCUCUUCGACAAUAGUUAUUCUAGGUUUACUGGCAAGAAACUGCAGUAUUCUCUUGUGUGCGAUGUUGGAGCUGGCAGUGGAAGGUCUUCUGCAGAGCCUGAAUCACCUGCCAGGGCUGUGAGCAGAUCGCCUUCAAAAGAUUUCAAACCAAUUGCAGAUUCCACUUGAAUAAUUUUUGACACUUGCUGGCAUUUGAAUUGAAUUCCUGCAGUUGAUGCAAUUAUUUGAAGCUCAAAGUGUGUCUGCCGAUUGUGAGAUUAACAAAAGAUUUUGUUGUAUUUUUUAUAUUGACGAGCAAUGACUUUGUACAAGUUGAAAUAUUUUGAUGCCAAGGUUGACACUCAAGAUAUCAGCACCAUUUCUAAGUCAUGAAAGGUGCUUUGAUAAUUUUACCGCCAUAUUGCUGGACGUGAAUAUAUUUGUUCCUGACUUUUUAUGAUUUUUAUCUUUUAAACAAUGUUUACCACCGCGCGUUUGACAAAUAUCAAUUACUGAAGAUUAAAUAUUGUUUUAUUUGAAAUCAAUUCCGGGUUUCAAUAAGACUCUUGGUUUUAACUGCCAAGUUUUGGUGGUUAUAGAAAUAAAAAGGAAAGAAAUUCAA